CCAUCGCAUGGACCACAAGAUCGAGUUGGAGCCCGGCGCGCAGCCCACUGUACGCACGCAAUGGCGCCUGACUCAACCGGAGCUACAGGAACUACGGAACCAACUAGACUACCUACUGGCGAAAGGGUUCAUUCGGCCGAGCACGUCACCAUUCUCAGCACCGAUCCUGUUCACCCCAAAAAAGGACGGCGGACUUUGCAUGUGUACGGACUAUUGUGCCCUUAAUCGGGUAACGAUAAAAUCGCGCUACCCAAUCCCACGCAUGGACGAACUGAUCGACAACCUUCGCGGAGCUCGCUAUUUUUGGAAGAUCGACCUUCGCGGUGGUUACCAUCAAAUUCGAGUGUUCGCUGACGAUUGCCACAAGACAGCGUUUCGAACUCGCUACGGGAGUUACGAAUACACGGUGAUGCCGUUUGGAUUAACGAACGCCCCCUCGACGUUUCAACUCACCAUGAACGGGGUGUUCCGCGAUCUACUCGACAAAUGCGUGAUAAUCUACUUGGACGACAUCCUGAUCCAUAGCAAGACCCGCGAGCAACAUUUAAAAGAUUUGGAAGCGGUUUUUCAGCGGUUGCAGCAGCAUCGUCUCAUCACCAAGGGCUCCCAAUGCGAGUUUUUAAAACAAGAACUGGAGUUCCUGGGGCACUUGAUCUCCACGGAGGGGAUUCGGAUAGACCCAAAAAAAAUCUGGGCUAUUCAAGAAUGGAAACCACCAACAAACCUGCAGCAGCUGCAAUCUUUUUUGGGUUUCGUGAAUUACGUGCGGCGGUUUAUACCCAACAUGGCAGGGUUAACUGGACCUCUAACCGACCUACUGCAGAAGGGGGCUUUUUACGAGUGGGGGGAAAAGCAGCAAGUUGUGUUCGAGGCAUUAAAAAAUCUUUUAAUGUCACCACCGGUACUUCGCUUCGCUGACCCGGAACGACCCUUCGAAGUCAUCACCGACGCAAGUGACAUCGCUAUCGGAGCAGUGCUCAUGCAGGAUUUCGGCAAUGGGCUUCAACCAAUUGCGUACGAGUCUCGGAAAAUGCAAUCUGCUGAGCGCAACUACCCGGUACACGACAAGGAGAUGCUGUCGAUCGUCCACGCGUUCAAAAUCUGGAGGUGCUACCUGACUGGAGAAGACGUGACGGUGCGAACCGAUCACAAAUCACUACAGUACCUGAGAGCGCAGCCGAAUCUCAACCCGCGGCGGAUACGCUGGCUGGACUAUCUGGAGUCCAAUUUCACGUACAAGAUCACGUAUAAAAAAGGCGCCAACAAUAUUGCCGACGCCCUCUCCAGACCAUCUGCCCAACUCGCAGCAGUACUAGUCGCCCAGAGCAACCCGCUACUGAGUGGACUAUUUACCCACGGGUAUUCGACUGACCCCUUCUUCCGAUACGUGGCCGCGUGUCCGAUCUGCCAGCGAAUGAAGACAUCACACCAGCGACCUACCGGACUGUUGCAGCCCCUCGAGCCACCUCAACGCCCAUGGCAACACGUAACGAUGGAUUUCGUUACGGGACUACCGGCCGGACCCAGCGGAAACGACGCAGUUUUGGUUGUCGUCGACCGAUUGACGAAAAUGGCGCAUGUCGCACCGUGUCGUACAACCAUCACAGCCGAAGAAACCGCGCGCCUGUUCAUCUCGACCGUCGUUCGCUUACACGGGAUACCAGCAGCAAUCAUUAGCGAUCGAGAUCCGAAGUUCACGUCAAAAUUCUGGCAGGACACAUGGGCUCGGUACGGCACGCGUCUACAGUUCUCAUCCGCUUAUCAUCCCCAAACGGACGGCCAGACUGAAAGGACGAAUCAAACGAUGGAGCAGCUGAUUCGGACAAACUGCCCCGACCGAAAAAAAUGGGAGGACGUGCUGCCUAUGUUGGAAUUUUCCUACAACAACGCGCCCUCGGCUACGACUAAUCCCUCCCCAUUUUAUCUCAAUUACGGGAUGGACCCUACAGUACCAGUCUCCACCAACGUUGAGAGUCAAGUACCAUGAUCGCAGCAGUUCGUCGAAGAAUUACAGACUG